AUGGCGCAUCCGACACGCGCCGCCCAGCCACACACCCCUUCAAUCUUCCGCCGGAUUCGGCGGGUCCCGGGUCGCAUCAUGCGGUCCACGCCUCUCCGCUUCGUCGCUCUCGCGAUCCUGCUCGCCUUCUCCCUCCUCCUUACCGGCGAGUUCGAAAUGCAACGACGGUUCGACCCGCAACGGCCAUUCCGCGCGCAGCGGCUCCUUUCCCUCAUACGUUCCCCGCACCGCACGCACACAGCUGCUGCGAACGACGCAACAAGCCGCAGUAACCCUCACCAGGGGGACGAAUCCGAGCAAGAGACGGAGGAUCCGACUCCCGCGGUCGCCGCGCCGCCGCUUUCCGCGGAGGAUUUCAAAACUCUAGAGAGCCUAAUAGAGCAGCCAGUGGAGGAGGAGGAUGGGCAGGAGAACGAGGAAGAGGGGGAGAAAGGAGGGGAGGAGGAGGAAGGGGAGGAUCAGGAGAGGGAAAAGGAGAAGGUGGGUUGGGGGUGGGUGGGGAGACUGGUGGGGUUCGGGAGCCAAUUGGCGAAUGCCACGUGGGAGAGAGUUGGGGGGGUUGUGAGAGGCGGGGUGGAGGUGUGGGAGAAGCGGGAGAAGGAGGCGAGGAGUAGAAAGGAGUGGCGGAGAGUGGUUGAGAGCGAUAGGAGGAAGAGGAUGGAGGCGAGGAGGAGAGGUGGUAAAGGAAGGAAAAGAAGGAGAAAGGGGAGUGGUGAUGGAGUGAUCAAUAGGGUGGAGAUGAGAGGGAAAGACUCCGAGAAACACGGCAGUGGCAGCGGCAGCAAUGCCAUUAGCAACGUCAGCGAGCACAGCAGUAGCAGGAGAGCAGCGCUGUUGGAAAGAGGCCCUUCUGCCUCUGCAGCUGCAACACUAACCACAGGUGCUGCUCACGCUGCUGCUGCUGCUGGUGCUGCUGCGACUAGAGGUGCUCUCAUUUCACCCGCCAACGUAUCAGCAGCAGCAACAGCAGGGGGAGUGGACGACUGUUUGAACGAGCUACAGCGUGCUAGAGAAAUGGAGGCCCCCUGGCCGGAUCCGCUUAUUCCCAGAAACUUCUCCGUGCACCUGCUCACGCUGGACCCCUCCCGGCGCCGCACGGGGCUGCCGUUGAAGCUGUGGGAGUGGCAAGCUGAGAGCGUGUUUGUCAUCGGAACGGGGGAGCCGGGCAAGGGAAGAAGAGAGACGCUGCUGAAUCUUGACCGGCGGUUCCGUGCAGCAGGGCUGCAGUACACACAGGUGGUGAUGCCCAUGGCGCUGGAAGAGCCGUUUAAAGCCCGGUACGACCCAGUGUUUCCGGCACGCUCCCUCUCCCUGCGCUCCACCUUCCACCCCCACGACCUCGCAUACGCAUUCGCGCAUUUCGAGGUGUGGGCGAGGGUGGUGGUGCUGCGGCUGCCAUAUGCGAUGGUGUUUGAGGACGAUGCACGGAACAAGGUGGACUCGAAUGCAGCGUGGAAGCAGCGAAUGGAAGGGGUGAGUGAGUGGGAAGGAGUGAGUGUUUGCAGGUAUGAGGGAGGGUGGUGA